AUGACAACCCCAGUCUGGCUUAUCACCGGAAGCUCCAACGGCUUCGGUCUACUUCUGAGCCUGAGAGCUUUGAAGGCUGGUCAUAGAGUCAUUUCGACAGUACGAGAUACUACUAGAUCAGCUGAUGUUGUCAGCCAAAUCGAAAAAGCUGGCGGAAAGAUCAUCACUCUUGACAUGACCGAGUCCAAAGCAAGCAUCACCGAGAAGAUCCAGGAUGCAGAAAAGAUUUAUGGAAGAAUCGACUAUCUGGUCAACAACGCUGGAUAUUCUUGCUUAGGAGCCGUUGAGCUCUUCACAGAAGCCGAGGCUGAACAUCAAAUCCAGACCAACCUGUUUGGUCCUCUUUACGCACUUCAAGCUGCCCUUCCCGGUAUGCGAAGCCGUAGUUCGGGAACCAUUAUCAACUUCAGCAGUAUUGCUGGUCAAGACGCUCAGCCAAGUUGCGGACUCUACAGUGCAAGCAAAUUCGCCCUUGAGGGUUUGACUGAGAGUCUAUCCAAAGAAGUCAAGGAGUUCGGUAUCAAUGUUCUGAUUGUCGAGCCUGGAGCAUUUCGCACUAACUUCCUCGACGCUAGCGUUAAGAGCAACGUAUCAGUCGAGAAGGCAUAUGAGGGUACCUUGCUAUCGGAAACACUUACCAAGUUUGCGAACGCUUCAGGGAAACAGCGCGGCGAUCCCAACAAGGGAGUGGAUAUCAUCUACGAAGUUGCUACGGGGGAAGGAAAGGCAGGCCAUCUUAAGGGCAAGAUCUUGAGACUACCACUGGGCGAAGACUGCUUCACACGUCUCGGUAACAAACUUAAAUUUCUUCAUCACGAUCUUGAUGCAACUCGUGAGAUUGGCACCACAACUGAUAUGGAGGAGAAGUAG